AUGGUCGGCUCACACAUCCACCAUGCCUUCCGUUCCUGGUUCAAGGAGAUCGAAAAGGAUGGCACACCGCUCCUUCCUCUACAACUCUCCCACAAGUACGAGGUGCUUCCACAGAUUCUUGGCCAAGGUUCAUUCGCUGUCGUCAAAGCUGUAGUUCAAAGGUCCACUGGCGAACAGCGCGCGCUCAAGAUCAUUGCCAAGAAGCCACUCAAGGAUAGCAACGAGAAGAUGCUCAAAGAAGAGAUCACCAUCCUUGGAAAAGUCGAACAUCCCAACAUCAUCAAGAUGUGGGAUCUCUUCGAGACAAGAGAAGGUGUCUUCAUCGUCACCGACCUUUGCAGAGGUGGUGAGCUCUUUGACCGACUCGUCGAAAAGGUCCACUACAAUGAGCUCGACGCUCGUCACAUUGUGAAGCAGAUCCUCCAAGGCGUUGCCUACCUCCACGAGCACGACAUCAUUCAUCGCGACCUCAAGCCCGAAAACAUCCUUCUGCGCGACAAGUCCGAUCCUAGCAAUGUCGUCAUCUCUGACUUUGGUCUCUCUCGUUUUAUCCCCGAUGAGGGUCUCCUCAUGACAGCCUGUGGCUCCCCGCAAUACGUUGCGCCCGAAGUACUGCUUGGCAAGGGAUACAAUGCCGCUGUCGAUAUCUGGUCGUGCGGUGUCAUCGCCUACGCACUCCUCGGUGGCUACACGCCCUUCUACGGCCAGGAUCAACCUUCUCUCUUUCAACAGAUUCUAAAGAUGGAGGUGCAGUUCGAGCCAGAGUACUGGUCCGAGGUCUCAGAUACAGCCAAGGACUUCAUCCUCCGUUGUCUCUGCCCCGCAGACAAGCGCAUGACAGCACUCGAGGCUCUCGCUCAUCCUUGGCUUGCCGACUUGCCUCCACUACACGAGGAGAGCGCCAAGGGCGCCUGUCUCAAGGAUGGUGCUCUUCGCAACCUCACCGCUAUGCGCAAGCUUCGCAAGGCCGUCACUGCCGUAGAAGCCAUCAACCACCUCCAACGUCUUCACACUUUGCGUCAACAGAACGGCGAUGCUCUGCCUCACAAGCAGCAGUCGCUGCUCAGUAUCGCAACAUACCUCCAGUCUCAUAGCGAGGUCUCGCUCUCACCCUCUCCAAUAGAUGCCGACGCAGAAACAUCCCCAGACCACGCCAAGAACAAAGAGCGUGGUGACUCAGCCAUGGCUCUCGACUUGACCGUUAUGAUGGUCACUAUGCCCGAGAGCUGGGGACGAUCCGCCUCUUCCUCGCAGUCCAAUGCUUCACAGGGAGGAGGUGGCGCUGCCACUGCAGCAGUCGCGCAUGCAGUCGAGUCUACCAUGAAUCGCGGUCGAGACCCAACUUCAACCCCGCAGAAGAGCGACCAAGAUUCGGAAGGCAAGAAAAACAGUGACGUUGUCCAAGAUGGCCAGGCAAGCCCUUCGACCUCAUCCACUGGUCAUUCCCAAGCCACCGUCCGCCCACCAGCGCCAUCCGCCGCGUCAGCCAACCAACCUCGUCGCUCCAGUCGAUCUGUCAAUCGAAAAGACAACCAGUCGACCAAGACGCUCAACUCGCUUUUAGACCAAUACAAGAAGACCGAGGUGCCUGCCUCGGCACGUCUCAACCCAGCGGCCAAGGUAACGCAGCCUACCAAGCUCACCUUCACCAACGCAUGGCGCUAUCUGCCCUUUCUUGUGUCGCAGGGCGUCACGAUCGGCACUGCCGUCGCUUCGCACGCCAUCUACGGUCCCCCAAAGAAGUCAUGGGGUAUCGAAACCUCUAUCUUCACCCGUGUUCUGCGUGAUAUCGCCGAAUACUCCGAGUUCGCCUCCAUCCAGGGUCUUCAGGGCUUCUUUGAUUUGGGCGCCUUCCUUCCGACACCAAAGGACGGCCUCAUCACUCCGGUCACCUUUCGCGUCAAGAAGCGUGGACUUCGUGGUUUCCUCGCCGAAGCAGAUGCUGCCGAAGAUGGCAAGCGAGAGAUCAGCGCCGAAUGGGUUGUUGGCAAGCAGACCUGGCGACGACUACAGGCCGAGUGGCGAAGUGGCAAGCAAAAGGGCAAAGAACGCAUCAUCCUCUACAUUCACGGUGGUGCCUACUUUGUCAUGUCCGCUGCUACCCAUCGUCCCCUCACCAUCUCGCUCUCCAAGUACACCGAGUGUCGUGUCUUUGGUAUCAACUAUCGUCUCGCUCCCGACACCAAGUUCCCAGGCGCUCUUCACGACUGCGUCGCUUCCUACUUCCGUCUCACCGACGACCUCGGCAUCCCGCCCAGCAACAUCGUCCUUGGUGCUGACAGUGCUGGUGGUGGAUUGGCACUUGCUCUGAUGUACUAUCUGCGAGACAACGACUACCCGCUCCCUAGCGGUGCCAUGCUGUUCAGUCCCUGGGUCGACCUGACCAUGUCCUGCGAUUCUUGGGAUACCAACGCCGAAUUCGACUACCUACCCAUGCCCAAGUCAGGCGAUCACAUGAACCCAGUCUGGGCUUACCUCGGUGAGAACAUCGACAAAUACCUCACUCAUCCUUACGUCUCACCACUUUUUGGCGACAUGCACGGUCUGCCGCCGCUGCUCAUCCAAUGCGGAGAUGCUGAAGUGCUGCGAGACGAGGUCACUUUGCUCGCCCACAAGGCUUCUCUUUCGGGCGUCGCCGUUCGCCACGAGCUGUACGAAGACUGCGUUCACGUCUUUCAAGCUUUCUUGUUUUUGGAUGCCAGUAGGAAGGCGUUGCAAAGUGCCCGCCACUUUGUACGCACCGCGCUCGACAGGAGAGGCAAAUCACGAACCUCCUCCAACAAGAGCAGCGAGGCGGCGGUCAACAAGGAGAUGGCAGGCGGUAAGAUGCAGACCGCAAAAGGUGAGGCGGCCGAUCCAGCAACGGGAGAGAAGCAGUCUGCAAGCGCAGCGGCCGCAUCAUCGUCGCAAACAGAGGCUGCUUCAUCGAGUGGUAAAGGCAAAGAGUCGACACUGGGAACCAUGACUCCCAGUACUUCUUCAGGUGCCGUGGAUGGGGGCAUCAAUGAGAUUGUAUCCUUGCCGCACUCACGCUCGGACGGCGAUGUCACUGAUGACGAAGAUGAUGCAGAGGCAGGCGGACUCCCCGCUGACGAUGAAGACUGGGAGCUUGAUGGUAGGCCCUCUGGCGAAGAGCGUCGAGCUAGUGGAGCCGAAGCAGAGACCAAGGCGGCGAGUCUUCCAGCCAAGAUGGCGCAGAAAGUGCUCGGUACUGACGACAAAGCAGUGACAGAGGCCACCAGUGAAGAUGUCAAGCAAGAGGCGGAGAAGGAGGAGCAGAACACCACCGCGACGUCUUCACGCGUUUCGUCCUUCCCCCAGAUGACCAUUGAGGAGGCCCGCUUGCGUGGUCAAGCAGGCAUGCAACAGCAACUCUCAUCCGACGCACCUGCUCUGAGCAAAUUCCACGCUCCCGAGAAACCGUUGUCGCCCAAGAUACGACAAUCUAGCAGUGGCAAGGAGCUUUCUACUUUGCUCAAGUCCUUCGAGGAGAGCAGGAAGAGUGGUGGUUCCGGUCUCAAGACUAACGUAUGGACGCCUUCCAACACUUAG